CGUUGUUGGGAAACGGCAGGGUACAAACAGAACGAAAUUGUGAAACGCGUACAUUUUGAUUAGCCAAGCUGCCUUGUUUUUCGAUGUACGAAUAUCAAUUCAAGUGAAAUGUUGGUCAAAAAGUGUUACUUUCUGUGGAAAAUAUUAGUUACUUGAGGUUGCGAUGGCUAGUUUUUAUGAAGCUUGUUUAAGUUUUUUAGGAAUGCGAUUUUGUUUCGGAAUUAGUUUUUUUUUCUGAGUGCGUAGUGCUUGAACAUCGGAAUGUUCUAUUCAUUUAGUUUUUGUUUUUUGAAUAUUGAAUAAAUUUAAUGAUUACCUGCUAAAUCAUGUCGACCGACUCUGAAAGUCAUUCUGCAACCGAGAUAGGUACACGUAAUUCGGCUACCUAUUCAAUACAUUCAUUGGAAGACUCUCCCAUCAGACGCAGCGCAGUGCAAAUAAUUCGCGAACGCAACUCCGAUAUUACCCAAGAGGCAUCAACGGGGAAAAAAGGUACGAUGCAAAUCACUAAGCUUGUUCUGAAAGAUCACCCUACCAGUCCGAGGAGGAAAAUAACACCAAUGGCCAUCAAAUCUAUAACAACGUUUACAAGUUCAGCACUCACAUCCGGAUUUCAAUCAGUUGAGAAUGAUGACAAGUUAACUAAACGUAACGAACAAGAAAUGUAUACAAUUAGGCCACUAACCAAUGCAGAUCAACUUCUUCGGCAGUUUGAAAUUCAGAAGAAUGAACGGAAUCAAGCAAGUGAUGAGUUUCAAGAGUACCUGAAGAAUAAUCUGAAAGACAAUAAAAUUGAUACGUCUGCGAUGGUUAUUACCAAGGCAACGGAUAGCAGUGCCGACUCGAUCCAAGAUGCAAAUGUCAAAUCUAACAGUAUACGUAGCAUCAGAAGUAGUAACAUCGAGAAGAAAACCGACAACGACAUUUCGCCAACGGAUGUUUUAAAUCUCAAGGAGGAUUCGCCCAAAAAAGAAAUUCCAGAAACACUCGAAGAUAUUCAAACUAAACCAUUAAAGCCCGUUAUGAAGAAACUGCGUCUAAAGCCAAGGGACACCCAAGUCAGUGCUCCAGAAACUAAAAAGGAAAAAUCUUACGAUCCUCUUAAAGCGCGAGCAUUUAUAGAAAAACAACAGGCAAAGCGAAAGGAAGAGAAAAAGUCUACGGUUCCGAAUGUGGCAGAAAAAGAUCUCAUUAAAAAACGGUUGGAAGACUUAAAGAGAAGUACUCAAGUUUUGGUUACUAAAAAUGUUCAAAAAGUUCGAAAACGUUCUUUAUCGGCUGUACCAGCGUCCAGUGAAAGCCAGAUUUCGACGGCUUUUUCACAACAUAAAUCAAAACCCGAAAAAGCUGUUCCCCCGAAAAAACCUCUUAGCAAGAGCUCGUCUAGCACUUCACCGAGAACAUCACCGUCAACAGCCCAGUCUCUGAAGUCUGAAAAUAACAUUCGGCGACGAUCCGCUUUAUUGAAAGCAGAUUUUUCGCAAAAGAUUGGUAUUAUGCGAAAACCUGAUGCGAGUGCCUUAGGAGAUGUGCUUGUAAGUCCUCUGAAAGUGGUAACUCCCCCUGCUCCGGAAAAGCAACACGAUGUUAUAUCUGAUAUCCCAACGGAAGGGUCGCCCAAUGAGAAAAUUUUUGAACGGUCCAUAUCCACAGUUGAGAAAGAAUUGAAAUUAGAUGUACCGGAUGUAACUCUGGUUCCUGAUACUACUUCUAAGCAAUCUAAUAAUGUGAAUGUAAGAACGGAAUUCAAAUCCGUUCCUCCUUGGUUGAAACAUACGCUGCUUCAACCAGAUCCUUAUCCAUUCAUCAUUGCCGUCCGCAAGAAACUGGAAGCUAUUCGCAACUUGAAUCGCGACCAAACAUUCGUCCCAGAAGAAUCAGUUAUCAGCCAUCGCUUGGAAGAUCCGCCUCGGCCUGCAAAGUCUGGAAAUAAUCAAAAGUGCAUUGAAUAUUUAGAAUCACUUAAAACUGUGCCUUACAUCAAUAAACCGCUCUUCGGAAGUGAGUCAAAUAUCGCUUCGAUUUCCCAUCGCAUGUCGGAUUCGAAUACUACUUCUGAAAUUAGUUCGAUUAGAUCUGAUUUUGUAUUGCCGCUCAGCAGCACCAAAAUCGAUUGCACGGGAGCUAAGCCUUUAAGGGAAUCCGCUAACGAACUUGAAAAUAAUCCCAUCAGCCCACUGUCUGUUGAACGAAUAUCUAAUCUUAAAAUAAGACCAGAUGACAUACAAGUAGAAAGAACUGUUAACGUUACACGUGGAACAGCUAUGCCGGAUGCUGGCUUAAUCUCAGAUGAAAAGUCCUUAGUUACUGAAAACUUGCAAACAGAUAUGAGCAAAGCGAAUAACUCUGAAACGCUACUUAAGUUGUUACGAAUCUCUUCCGAGAAACAAAACAAAGCCGAGAAAGAACUAGACAGUCAGAAAAUGUUGGAAGCAUUCAAUCGCAGUCUUGCUCAGGUGAUUGAAGUCAACCAGCAGCUUUAUUCUGCACUUAAAAAAACACCAGAGCCGAGUUCUGCAAUCCCAGCCGAGCGCAUCAAAAUUCGUGACGAAAUGACACAAACAACUCCGGUUCCAUCUGCUACGCAUACAUCCGUCACUUCUAACUACAGCGAAGAUUUUGAACGUUCGGACCACCCGCAAACUGCUCACGAACAUCCCCCAAAGUCCGGAUCAUCAUCAGGGGAGAAUGUUACAGACAGCACACCAUCGGCAACAUCUACUACAGCAACAGCUUCAACAACAACAACAACAACAACCGCUGAGAGUAGCCCAGAAAAUAGUCCCAACAAAACUGAAUCCAAUACUUCCCAUCCUUCACUGGAAUCCAGGUCACUUAGUUUCUCCGAUAGUCACAACACAAAUCCACCACUUCCGGAGGAAUAUUUACCAUCAUUCGAAGAGAGCUUGAGAAACAGACCGAACGAUGAAAAACCUACAGCGGUGAAUAGGGAUGAUGUACUACCUCCCGACACAUCCAGCAUCCAUACACAGAUUGGCGACGAGAGUCAAACCCGAAAUCAUUCUUUACGCCAGGAAAUCAACGAAUCUAAAAGUCUUGAAUCGAUCAGUUUGAAAAUUUCAGAGGAGAGUAACAUUCCGAACAAAACGUUCACUGGUGAGAUUUUGAAGGACAGCAGAAUUGAAAUCAUUAAGGCUCCUACGGAAUCUAGCACCAGUUCAACAGCGGAAGCUCUGAGCAGCAGUAAAGACACGACGCUGAACGAUACCACCAUGGGCAGCGAUAUUAUGGCCAUGUUUAAUCGAACUGAUCUGGAUGUUUCUGUUUUGUCUACAUCGAUAUCGGAAACAAAUCUUAGUUACUCUUCCAUUGGAUUGUACGACCAGUUAAUUCGUAGCGAAAAAACCAAGAGCGAACAACUGUCAUCGCGAGCUCGUUUGAAAGAGAAAGCUCUACUUGAUCGUACCAAGGGACAACUGGCUUGGUUGGAACUCCAGAAACAACGUUUUCGCGACCGUGGCAUGAUGGAUCAAAUUUCCGUAGUCAAGAAAAAACAACGAGCCAUCCUAGUGCGACUGGAAAGAGAUCGAGCUGAGCUGAAUCGGUUCAAAAAAGAGGAAUUGUCCACUCAGAACAAUGCUCGCUCGCCGAUAACACCGACCGCCGUCGACAAACUAAAUUCCUUAUCAUCGAAAAGCAAUUCCAUUUCACUCCGAAAAUCGUCGGGAUCCGGAAAGAAUGAUCUAAAUUCGUCCAUAAUGGUCGCAUUGCAACAGAGAAAGGUUACUACAAUGAUGACGGCUUCGUUAUCCACCAAAUCGAAGCUGCAACUGACGGCGAUGCGAGGAGUUGAGCUGGAACCAAACGAAAACUUAGAAGACAUCCUUACACGCCGUGAGCAGGAAUUGCAAAAACGUCGUCAGCACGUCCAGGCAUUGCUCCAGUGGCACCAAAAGCUCGACCGGGAGGAACAGGAGAUUCUAGAAAUCGAACGGAACCUGAUUCAAAGCAAUCGCACCAAACUCAACGAAGGCACACCGGUAAACGGACAAGCACUCGGUCGUAUUCGUAGCAUUGAGCAAAGUCUGCAGACGUUACAGCAAAUUACUGGCAGCGGUGAUGGUGGUGACGGAGAGGAUCACGUGGUUGCCAUAGGAAGUAAGUUAAAUCGGUUGUGGUAUCGACUGACAGGAGUAAUGGAAAAUCGAUAUGAACCUGAUCGGAGCUACACGUUGACAAGAGUCAGUUUGGAGAGUUUGUACGAACAGGCAAAGCUCAAAGUAUUAGAAAUUUUCGAAGUUGAUCAUGGAAUCAGGAAGAUACUGCUAGAAAAAUCGUUCAACGAAACAAUUAACAUUAGUACAAAUGAAAAAAGAGAUGAAACAGUGCCGAACAAUGGUAACAGAACCGAUACGAAUAAAUCCUCGGAAGAAUUGCAAGAGUCAGUCGAUACAAAUGAUGGAAGCUCAUUUCGCACAACUAUUAAUUCAGUUACUGAAAAAGAACCUAGCGACAGAAUGAGUGUACAGGACAAUGAUGUUGAGGAACAAAUAGAUGAUGAAGAAGAAGAAGAACGCAGCAGUUCGUUAGACGUGGAUGAUAUUAUUUCUAGAGUAAGCGAUAUAACUGAGAAUAUCAAUGGGUUUCUUUCAUCUACUACAAAUAUUGAUGAGUUGAUUCGUACAGAACAAAACGUUCACGUAUCGGAGUCGGUUGAAUUUCACACCAUAGAAGAUGAAGAAGAUUCCGAAAAACGGGUGAAGUCAACCCCCGACGGGUACUCUUCUACUUUCGAUGCGCCUACAAUAGAGGAACAAAAUGAAAAUAUUUCGCCCAUCCAGGAAAGUCAAAUUAUGAUCGAGGACAUCUCGCUUCCACCUCUUAGUGAUUCUAUACUCGAAGAGUCCAACUCCAUUUCCUCUGCGUAUGAACAGGAAAAACUUUCUAUCGAUAUUCCUCAAGAAGCGUCAUUGGAGGAUACAAGUUCAACUACAUCACUAAUAUCUACUCCUACAACUGCCGAGGAAACAGAAGCAGAUCAAGAUGAUCAGGAGAAUGCUGUUCAUUCUUCCGAAUUGGAAAAACGACUGAUAACACUACACGAUGACCUUGGUGGAUUAAGCGAAAGCUUGGAAAGGGUGUCCCAAAUGAGAUCUCCUGAAGCCCGUAAAGAACACGUGAAGCAAAGCUCGUCCGAAAGUGAUCCAGAAUCUUCCUCACCGGUAGAAGGAGACGACUAUUCGUCAGAUAAGGACUUUGUAGUGGAUGACUCGAUUCCUGGCGAACAGCCCUUUCUGAAUGUGUCGCAGACCAUGAGGUCUGCUCAAGUAUCAACAGACAGUGGAACGGAAAACCAUAGGAUUGAGAUCAAAAUUCGAAACAAAAAUGUAAAUGAAAAUUUUCCCCAUCCUUCAACAAGCAGUGGUGUAGUUUCCGAAUUUUCGUAUCUCACACUUCCCGCGAACGGAUCAAACACGGCUAGUUCAUCCCCGAUGACCCUAGUUCAAAAUCGUAUGCCAGACAUCAUCAACGAAGCCGAAGUUCUACGUCGUCAGCAACUGCAAAUCGAGCAGGAAAUAAAGCAACUCGAACAGCAGGUUGUUUUGUUUCGUGAGAUCCCCAACAAACCCCCUCCUCCGUAUAUUCCGCCAGCAAACGGUAGCCCUUUGGCAUUGAUUUUUCCACCCGAAUCCAGAAUCGACGAGCUGAUAGAGACACGCACCCAGCAUCUUUUCCUAGGGGAAAAAUCGACCGAUUUAUUCGGCACUGAUAACGUGAGUAACAUCUACGAAAAGCUGAUCCUGGACAUGUGCAAAGAAUUGUACGUUCACCUACGUCAACCAACGCCCGAUGUGUCAUUUCGCACUGUUCAACAUGACAAACGGCCCCUUGCAUUCUACAACCCGCCAGACACUCUUACCUGUUUGCAGGAUCACAUAAAACGUAAAAUUAAGCGCAUUCUCAAUGAGGAAAGUCUGCUGCAUCACCAGCAACAACAACAGAAUCUUCAACACUGUCCAAUGCCGUUCCUGAUGUUUACCGGGAGCGGAACUGCCAGACGAAAACGCGAUCAGGUCGACGAAAUACUGGCUCAAGAGAUGUUCGAAGAGGAAGCCAGAUGGACGACAUUCGACAGAGAAGAAAUUGAAGUCAAAGAACGCAUUGUGGAAGAAGUGGUAAAAAUGAUGCUAUCCGAAGCUCUGCUGGAUAUGGAAGCUGCGUGGAAGGAAAAGCAUGACUAUCAAAAAGAUAUACCACAAAUUACCUUAGACGAAGAAAAGGUAGAAUAGUUGGUGGUAAUUACUUGUAAAAUAAACACCAGCUGAUUGAAAAUCGAUUGUGAUGUUUUGAAAGUGCAUUUCAAUUUACACUGUAGUAAGUAACUAGUGAUUAAGUUCUAGAAAAUAAGCUUUUUUUCCUUCUAGUAUUAGCUACUAAAUUGUAGGAACUCUAUGUGAAUUAUUUGUUUUACUGUUUUGCUCAAUUUUAUACACGUUUUGUACCGUUGAAAGCUGUUCUAUGAUUACGGUCAGUGACUUAAUAUAGUGUAAACUUUACUCUUGAGUGAUUGAUGCAUUUUAUACCGUUGUAAACGAUAAUAAAAGUACUGAUUUG